UUACGCGACUGUUAGGUUAAGUAAGAAAUUGAUUUUGGAAAUAUUUAGCGAACUAAAAUAAUUAAAUUAAAAAAACUCCGAGAAAAAAAUAAAAACGUAUUAGUAUUAAGAACGGGGUUGUAAUUAGUGGAACGUUUCAGUGAAUAAAAAAUAUUUCAAACCCAACAAAAAACGAUUGACUAUAAAAUGGGCUGCUGUGGAUUCUUCAUAAAGUGGCUGUUACAUUUCUUUAAUCUGCUAGCAGUGAUCGUUGCUGUUCUGCUCAUUAUUCUUGGCAGUCUUAUAUUGGAUGCUUUGGGCGGUUUGAAGUCAGUCAGUAAUUUUGAAAAUGCCAAUAUUAUACCCAUAAUAGUUAUAGUGUUGGGCGGUUCGAUAUUCAUCGUAUCAUUACUUGCCUGCUGCGGCGCGAUUAAGGAGAUCAAUUGGUGCAUGAUAAUAUACGCCAUUUUAAUGUUCGUACUAAUGGGAUUGCAGAUCGCGCUUGUCGUUUGGGUUUUCUUGGAAAAAAAUGAGUUCCUCAACACGAUGGACUCGAUUGUUCUUAACGCAUACGAUAACAGAAACAAUGAGACCGAUAACUCAAUGAACACACUCCAGAUUACAUUCAACUGUUGCGGCUACAAUAACUACACGGAUUAUAGUAGCUCAGGCAUUCCCGCUUCUUGUUGUGGUUUUUCUGAAACGGAUGCCCCAUGCCCAUCCUCCAUUUACACCACCAGACAAGGUUGUAAGACGGUAUUUUACAAUUUCUGGAUUGAUAAUUUGGGAUUUGUACGAUAUGGUGGCAUUGUAGUGAUUGUAAUCGAAUUUUUGGCAUUAAUAUCAGCAUGCGGAGUGGCAGCGUGCAGACGAAAAUCAUUCAACACAAAUACGGCUUAAGGACCGAAUUUGUAUUAAAUAGCUUAGUCAUAAUAUGUAGUACAAAAGUUAAAGUAAAGUUGACUAAUAAUGAGGUGGUUAAACAA